AUGUCUGAAGUUGUGUAUCCACCAGAGAGUGUCUACAACAAUCUACCGAAGAUAGCGGUUCUAACUCAAAAACCACCGAGAUAUAUGUCCAAGUUUAGAUCGACAGUUAUUCUUGAGGAAAAGGCAAACAAGGAAACAUUGAGAACAAUGGGACCAGCGAAAGAAGAGGUGGCAUCACCGGACCGGUACACCAAAAAGCAUUUAAAAGAGCCCAAACUGCCCUCAAAAGAGUUUUGUCACAGCUGUACUGUGAAGAAACCACCUGUUCCUGCAAGGACAGACAAUCCACCCAUGGGCAUUCACACAAAAAGAGACUUUACAAAGACAACUACUUUGGUUCCGAUGAAGCCACAGCCAACCUGUGUGGACAGCAAGGGACACAAGCAACGCCUUGAACAUUCAGGACUCGUCCCAAAGUACUUAAAGAAAAAGGAUUACGGAGAAGUACCUGAGUACCUUAUCCAGCGCAAUGAAGAAAAGCAGAGGGCUCAGGAGGAUUAUGAAAACUUUUUGAAAGAUCAGAAGGAGCAGGGGGCCAUCAAACUCAUGCCUGACAUGGAGCGACAAUCUCUCCUGGAGGACCUGAAGAAGAACUGGGAUAAGCUGCACCACGAAUAUCAGGGCCUCUCGCUCGUCACCGACACCCUGUCAAAGAAAGCCCACAAGGAGCAGCUUGAAGCGGCGAUGAAGCAGUUGGAGGACGACAUUGAUCUCUUCGAAAAGUUCAAAACCAUCUACCUACCCAAUCACUAG